AUGCCACCACUCCAGCUCCGAGAUCAAUUCCCCACACUAAAGGCGUUCAAAGAAGCGCUUCACGCGUGGGCCAUCGAAGCGCAUUUCGAGCCGCGAAUCCUGAAAUCGGACACCGGCCGUGUGCGCGUGGGCUGCAAACGCGACCCGAACUGUCCGUUCGUCAUCCGAUGCAACUGGGAAAGGAAAAAUGGGAAGGAGCCCGUAGCCAGAGUUACGGUGCUGAGGGAUCGGCAUACGUGCUUGAAUGGCAUCGAGUGGACGGCGGCUCAGCUCCAGGGCGCCAUGGGCCAUGAGAUGAAUGGCGUUGGCAAUGCUAUGAAUGGGGGCAUGAAUGGUGUUAAUAAUGGCUUGGGUAUGAAUGGGAUGGGUGGUCCGCCCCAGGUCGAGAUAAGACAGGAUGGGGAGGGGAAUAUUGUGGGUGGUGCGAGGGUUUUGGGUCCUCGGAAUCCGGGCGACGUAUCGGGACCUCCUAUUGUUCCUGUGCUGCCGAAAGUACAAAGGAAUAGUGCCUCUAGGCUGCCGUUCUUGAUGGAGAUUCUGCCGCGCUUGAUGAAUAUCCAAAAAGAGACAACGCCUAUAGAGAUCCGAGAAUGCCUAUUAAGGGAAUACGGCGCCGAGGUCCAUUUACAACAAUGCCGGCGGGCGAAGACGGAGAUCCUGAAGAAGAGGCGGGUGGGAGCCGGUGGGGAGGGAGAGAAUGCACAGCAGGGGAAUCAAGAGGUGCAAGACCCUUCACGUCAGGCUCAGAGCGUGGAUGGGAUGGGUGAUAGCGAGAGCGCAAAUGAGGCCAGUCAACAAUUAUUCGGCGAUAUCAACGCCAAUGGCACAGGUGCGACGCAGAACCAGCAGCAGAGCCCGCAUGCCUUUGCGCUCCACACCGCAACAGGUGUUGUCGCGCCUGUUGUGCCUGAUAGGGGUGCGGCUGCUCUUAGAGCGGUUGGUGAGACGCCUAUCAAAUGCCCGUAUUGUAUUAACCUCCGCUGGAUGAAGAGCAUCCAGGAUGCUGUCGAGCAUAUGAGUAUGCAUGUUACCGUGUGA